AUGGAGGCUUGUCGUCGGGCUGGAGUCAGCGGAUUCCUCUGGUCUCUGUCACUGCUCUGUGUCCUCCUGGACCUCCAGCUGGACGGUGUUCUGGGUGCAACUCAAGUGGAGAUUGAGCACCACUUGGAGAUGGGCCGCAAGCUCCUGGCUGCUGGUCAGCUGGCUGAAGCCUUGUCCCACUACCACUCUGCUGUGGAAGGGGAUUCUAAAAAUUAUUUGACUUAUUACAAGAGGGCAGCAGUGUUCCUCGCCAUGGGGAAGUCCAAAUCUGCUCUGCCAGACCUGACCAGAGCCAUUCAGCUCAAGCCGGACUUUCUAGCGGCCAGGCUGCAAAGAGGGAAUAUACUACUGAAACAGGGGAACUCUCAGGAAGCCCAUGAGGACUUUAAGAUCGUGUUACAACGCGAUCCAGACAGUGUAGAAGCUCAUGAUCAAUUGAAGAUGACGAGGGAGCUGGAAGAGCUGCAAGAGGAAGCUAAUGCUGCGUAUCACCAAGGCGACUACAGUAACACCGUUCAUCUCCUUGAACGGGUCAUAGAGAUAGCACCAUGGGAUCCUGAAUCGCGAGAGCUCCGAGCCGACUGUUACAUCCGUAUGGGCGACCCACAGAAGGCCCUCCAGGAUCUGGCCCCAACCACAAGGCUCCGUAAUGACAACCGCGCUGCUUUCCUCAAGAUGAGCCAGCUGCACUACAGCCUGGGAGAGCACCACAACUCCUUAAACCAGAUUAGGGAGUGUUUGAAGUUGGACCAGGACGAUAAGGAGUGUUUGAGUCACUACAGACAGGUGAAAAGACUCAGCAAGCAGCUCGACUCAGCCGAAGAGCUGAUCCAAGAGCAGAGGUUUCACGACGCAAUAGAAAAAUAUGAAUCCGUAAUGAAGACCGAGCCAAAUGUCAUGUACUACACCAACCUCGCAAAAGAGAGGAUCUGUUUUUGUCUAGUUAAGGAAAAAUUGGCACUUGAAGCUAUUGAUGCAUGUUCAGAAGCUCACCAGAGAGAACCACGGAAUGCCCAUAUUCUUAGAGACAGAGCAGAAGCUUUUAUCCUCAAUCAAGACUAUGAAAAAGCUGUGGAUGAUUAUCAAGAGGCGAGGGAGUUUGAUGGUGACAGCAAUGAAAUUCGAGAGGGUCUGGAAAAGGCUCAGAGACUACUGAAACUCUCCCGCAAAAGAGACUACUAUAAAAUUCUAGGGGUUGGCAGAAAUGCCAAUAAGCAGGAAAUUACUAAAGCUUACAGGAAGCUUGCUCAACAAUGGCACCCUGAUAACUUUCAAUCAGAAUCAGAGAAAAAGGAAGCGGAAAAGAAAUUCAUCGACAUUGCAUCUGCUAAAGAGGUCCUGACCGAUCCAGAAAUGAGGCAGAAGUUUGAUCAAGGUGAAGAUCCACUCGAUCCUGAGAAUCAGCAGGGCGGAGGCGGUGGACAAGGCUUCCUGCUGCAGUAUUCCAAAAACAGGACGAUAGUGUGCUGCUCAACGCUAUUAAAGACUUGA